AGUUCUUGAUCAUAAUUCAUAAAGCAGCAAAAAGGGGUUCACCAAAAACACACACUCACCUACCCUUAUCUCUCAAUCUUCACUUUCACUACAAUAGUCUUCUCUCUGUGUAAACUGUUCAUCAAUCUCUAAUUAAGGCUCAAAUGCGUCUCCUGUAACCGUUUCUUUCUUCCCUGACCCCAACUCCUUGCUUAAUUAUUUCUGCUAAAUUAGCCAUGUAGAAAAGGAUCGAGUUUUGAAGGAAUAGUUUUUGUUAAAAUCUGUGUGGCUUUUUCUCUUUGGAGGAUUCCUCGCCUAAAUGCUGAUAUUUUUGUUGUUUGGACCUUGUUUAGUUGUUUUGCAUUUAUCCUAAUGUGUAAAUUUUGGAUUUUUUAUCUUGUGCCGAAUUUAAUCUUGUCUCGAUUUGAAGCUCAAGGUUUGUAAUUGUGUGAAUAAAUUACUUGUUAAUAUUUUUGCUUUGUUAUAAAGAAUGCUUUUUCGGGGGGUUUAGUAGAAAUACCUGUUUAUGUGGCCAGGAAGCUUUGUCGAUGAUAGCAUUUCUGGAGCAUAGUGAGUUUUGAUUAUAUUUUAAUCAAAAGUUGAGAUUUUUAGGCGUUAGGCUUAAGAGUGUUACGAGAUUUGAUGUUAACUAAUAUGUAGCAGGAGAUAGAAUCUGUUUCUGGAGUUGAUAUAUUAUCAUUUUUUAAGUAUGUCAUUCAAGAGUAUACUUCAGGAUAUGAAGGGUGAAUUUGGGAGCAUAUCGAGAAAGGGGUUUGAAGGGAGGUUUGGGAGGUCUAGGUCUCACCGGGUAGUCGAGGAGUCUGUGGUGACUGCUGUGGAUGCUAUGAGGCAGAGCUGCUGGGCGAAUAUGCCACCAGAGCUCUUGAGGGAUGUGCUUAUGCGCAUUGAGGAAUCAGACUGUGAUUGGCCCUCGAGGCAGAAUGUUGUUGCUUGUUCUGGUGUUUGUAGGAGCUGGAGGGAAAUCAUGAAGGAUAUCGUUAGAAACUUGGAAGUGUCUGGAAAGGUUACCUUUCCCAUUUCUGUGAAGCAGCCUGGUCCAAGAAACACCUUAGUUCAGUGUUUCAUUAAGCGGAACCGAAGCUCUCAAACAUAUCACCUAUACCUUAAUUAUAGUCAAGCUUCUAAUGAUAAUGGGAAGUUUCUUCUUGCUGCUCGAAGAUGUCGACGACCAACUUACACUGACUACAUAAUAUCUCUGAAUGCUGGAGAUGUAUCUAAGACCAGCAGCAAUAACAUUGGAAAGUUGAGGUCUAAUUUUUUGGGAACCAAGUUUACAAUCUUUGAUGCUCAGCCCCCAAAUGCUGGAGCUAAAGUUACUAAGUCUCGUUCAACAAGGUUAGUCGGAAUGAGACAAAUCUCUCCUAGGGUCCCUGCUGGCAACUUUCCGGUGGCCCAUAUAUCGUAUGAGUUGAAUGUCUUGGGUUCAAGGGGACCAAGGCGGAUGCAAUGCGUGAUGGAUGCUAUUCCAGUUGCUGCAAUCGAACCAGGUGGUAUUGCUCCAACGCAAACGGCUUUCAUACCAGGAAACUUCGAUUCGUUUCCCUCCCUCCCCUUUUUCAGGUCAAAAUCGACUCGCUCAGAUAGCUUCCAGUCCGGACCCAUCUCAACGCCCAAAGACGAAAUGCUUGUAUUAAAAAACAAGACUCCUAGAUGGCAUGACCAACUCCAAUGUUGGUGCCUCAACUUCAAUGGGCGUGUCACAGUCGCCUCAGUCAAGAACUUCCAGCUUGUUGCAUCUCUCGAGAAUGGAGCUGGCGGGCAAGAGCAGCAGCAUGAGAAUGUUAUCCUCCAAUUUGGGAAGGUUGGGAAGGACAUCUUCACCAUGGACUACCAGUACCCGAUCUCUGCUUUCCAGGCGUUUGCCAUCUGCCUCAGCAGCUUCGAUACCAAGAUCGCGUGCGAAUGAUGAAUCAGAACGGAACAGAACCUUAAGAGAAUACUUGACACUCAAGCUCCUGACUACUUGACACUCGAAACCACUUGAUGCUGGUUUUGGAGCCAUAGUAGAGAACUGCAAGGAAUUACUAUGCCUUUCGAUGUCCGGCCUCCUCACUCACUGAUCGGGUUUUGAAUAUAUUGGAAAGCAUGCUAAGAAAUCGGAGAUGGUGUCCAUAGCUUUUGCUGGGGAUAGUGACUUGGGCCUCCAUCACGUUUUGUCUGGAUGCGAUAGCCUGCAGAAACUGGAGAUCAGGGACUGUCCGAUCGGGGACAAAGCUCUCUCAGCAAAUGCUGCAAAGCCGGAGAGGCAGAGACAAUGCGAUCCCUUUGGGAGGCUCAUUGUUUUCCUUAUCUUAUACAAACUUCAAACUACCACUCUUGAACAUGUACUAUUAUAUUGAUUUUAUUCUAUUAUUUGAUACUACUCCCAAAUUUCAUUUCUGAUUCCGACCUGGUGAGUUGUGAUGAUGUAAAAAUGUUCUUGAUAAGUUGGGUAUUUUCAUCCUAUUUUCAAAUAGAAAUAGCCAUGGGUUCAUUUUCGCCAA